AGAUUAUUACCUUGGUUCUCAAUGGUCCUCUGUUUGACAUGUGAUAAGUGAAGAAGUUUGCUUCAGUUGUCCCGUGUUCGCUGUCACCAUGUUGUUGCUCAGCAGAAGUGCCAACUGCCAAGUCGGAGGAUUUGCUUUGGCCUCCAUAGCAUGGAUCCUUUGCAGCAUCUCCACAAGCCUCCCACAGUGGCGAGUCUGGUAUUUGAAUGAAACCGUGUUCUCCGAGCCUACCAUAGCCUUUGUAGGAAUAUGGAGAGUCUGCAUUUACCACCAAAACUUCAAGCCUGGCAAUGCCAGAGGGUGUCACGAAUACACCUACCAUGACGACUUUGUUCCUUUGGAUAUUCGUAUCAUUCAACACUUGUUACUGGGCUCCAACAUUCUCGGGUUAAUUGGGACAGUGGCCACCAUUUUUGCUCUUCGAAAUGUGUACACAGGGAACAUACAGAAGAAUGUCACCUACAAUCCAUUCGUCAUUUCAGCCAUUCUCAACAUCAUUGUCAGUAUCUUUGUCCUCCUUGCUGUCAUAUGCAAUUACUUCUCUGUCAUUCACAAAGCAGCAAUUGCCUUCCCACAAUCUUUCCGUAUGCCUUUACAGCCACCUAAUCAGAGAAUUGGAAUUGCUAAUGUAGUGGCAAGUCUAGCUGCCCUCAUGUUUUUAGGCAGUGGCAUUAUUUUUCUUUCAUACAUCUCUCUUGUGGAAAACCAAGUGUAUCCCGAGGUUUGAAAAUAAUUUUACAGCUUAUAUCACCUUCCAAUUUCCAGGGAUUAUAGCAAGGAUUCUUUAAUGUUUGUUUGUUUUUUUGUUUGUACAUCCCAACCACAGUUUCCCCUCCCUCUUCUCC